GAAUGUCGUGCGCAGUCCGUGCAUUGUGGAUUAUUUCGCUCCCAACCGGAAAGCUUCUCGUCGCAAGGCGCUAUCCGACGGUUGAGCGCCGCGCCAAGCUGCUCGCUGCGUCGUCGCCAAGCGAGAGCGCUGCUUCCGCUACAUCGCCCAGCACUAAUGCUACUACUACUACUACUACUUCAUCGACUACGACGACAGCAGCCGGCACGACGGGCGCUUACACGCCGCUGAUGGACGAUGCGCGCCUCGUUCCACAGAUUGCCGCUGCACUCGCUGCCCAAGGUGGAGGAGCCGCAGCCGCCACGUCCAAGCAACCAUGCGACAGUUCGGAUCUAUGGCCCGUGUUCUCCGUGUCCAACGGCGAUAUCUGGCCUCUCGUCGCUGUUCGCCAGAAUGACAUGGCAUUUGUUUGUCUGCCUCUGAUUGAGACACCCGGUUUGGUUCGGACACCGCUGGUGGAGCUGCCCUCCAUCACAGUAGGCGUGACAUUGAUGCACGAUCUCGCCACGGCUGCUGGUCCUGGCCUGUUAACCGACACUACUGGCAUGGCAGCGAAUGAAGUGUACAACUUUUUGUGUGUGGCGAUGCCUUUUGGCGCCCCGCUCGAUACGAGCCCGUCCAACGUUCGCAACCUUCUUACGACAAAGUUUCCUCCAAAGGCCUCCGCUGAGAAGCAACCUGCUUGGAAGCCCGUUCUGUUCAAAGGCAAACAACGAAUUGUGUUUAAUGUUUCAGAGACGGUGCGGGCAGUGCAGUACGACAAUCCUGAAGUGCUGGACGAGUGGGAAGCGUUUGGAACGAUCCAAUGCAAGGCCGAAAUCGAAGGGCUUCCUGAAGUCACCGUCUCUCUGAGCUCAACUGCGGGUAUUGAUCAAAUCUCGGUUGAUCCGUGCGUGCUGAGCAACAAUGACGCGCAAGUCAGCGGCGGGUCAACCGCCCAAGCGAGCGUGCUCAGCAAUCGCAAGCUCUCCUUUGCACCACCUCUCGAAACUUUCUCCUUGUGUCACUAUCGAGCAUCGGGUAUCAAAGAGCUACCGAUUCGUGGAUUCUACCAAAUGAAGGAGGCUGGUGAAAACAUGAUCAAACUUCUCGUCCAGCUCAAGCUGCAUCAGCGCGUGAACAACCAAUUCGACUAUUGCGAAUUGCGUGUGCCGUUUUUCAACCGUGGUAUCAUCCGCAAUUUUGAAGCUGCACCAACAGGCGGAACGGUCACGCUUUCUGCCAGUCAAAGGAUGCUUGUCUGGAACAUCGGUCAAAAGUUUACAGGACGCAACUUGGAAGUCUCGCUGACUGCGGUCGUCCAGUUCGGCAAUGCGCCAGGAUUUGAUCCUUCGGAGGGGAUGAAUGAUAGCGAGUACCCACAUGAUCCUUUCUGUGUCGGACCCAAUGCCUUUGUUGACCUCUUCUUCAAAAUUCCCGAGUUUAAUUUGAGCGGGUGCACCGUCGACCCAAAAAGCAUUGUGUUGUAUCCGUCCAACAAGAUCAAGGCCGUCAUCACUCGGGAGCUCACCGCCAGUUCGUACCGGAUCUGGAAUUCACUCGGCGAGGCGCGGGUGACCAUCCAGCCACCGCCGCUGACCUGAAAAGCAUGCAGGACCAGAGAGCACGAGUAGCGAGCGAACAAGAGCAACACCAAAGCGACCGCUCAUCGUUCCGUCUGGUUGAAGGACCAUGCACAUUCAUUAUUACAUACAAUUGAUGCUUGACACACU